AUGGCUGAUCAGUUGGAUGCCGUGGACAUCACGUCGCUUAAUGCUCUCGCUGCAGGCACUAACAAGAAAACCCCAAGAAUCGUCGCCGCCGGUUUGGGCGGUAAGUUGAUGGGUACCAAGUCCUUGGUCAAUGUUACUGCCGAGCAGCUUGCCUCCGAUUCCAAGACUUUCUACGAGAAGGACGAGGCCGAGCGUAAGAAAUGGUCCAAGCAGCAGCAUAUCUCGGACAAGCCAUGGACUUUGUCCAACUGGCACGAGCACAUCAACUGGUUGAACUUUGCCUUGGUGGUGGCCAUCCCAGCCUUUGGCAUGUGGUCCGCCUACACCGCUCCUCCCCAGUUGAAGACCGUGGCUCUUGCCCUUGUCUUGUACUGCUUUUCCGGUAUUUCUAUCACCGCCGGUUACCAUCGUUUGUACUCGCACAAGGCCUACGACGCCCACUGGGCUCCUAGAGCUUUCUUUGCCUUCUUUGGUGCCGGUGCCGUUCAGGGUUCCAUCAAGUGGUGGGGCCACUCUCACAGAGUUCACCACAGAUACACCGACACAAACAGAGACCCAUAUGACGCUCGUCAAGGUUUCUGGUACUCCCACAUGGGCUGGAUGUUGACCAAGGCUAACCCAAAGAACAGAGCCAGAGCUGACAUCUCCGACUUGACUCUGGACCCUAUCGUCGUUUUCCAGCAUCGUCACUACCUUAUGGUCAUGCUCGCUGCCGCUGUCGGUUUGCCAACCUUGGUUGCCGGUCUCGGUUGGGGCGACUUCUACGGUGGCUUCGUCUACGCCGGUAUUCUCAAGUACUUCUUCAUUCAGCAGGUUACCUUCUGUGUCAACUCCUUGGCUCACUGGAUUGGUACCCAACCUUUUGAUGAUAGAAGAACCCCUAGAGACCACGUCUUGACCGCUUUCGUCACCUUCGGUGAGGGCUACCACAACUUCCACCACGAGUUCCCAUCUGACUACAGAAACGCUUUGAAGUGGUACCAGUACGACCCAACCAAGUUGACCAUCUUGGCUCUUUCCAAGCUUGGCCUUGCAUGGAACCUCAAGACUUUCUCUCAGAAUGCCAUUGAGCAAGGUUUGUUCCAGCAGCAGCAGAAGAAGCUCAACAAGAUGAAGGCUCAGUUGAACUGGGGUGCCGAGGUUUCUCAAUUGCCUGUCUGGGACAUGGCACACUUUAACGAGAUUGCCAAGAAGGAGGGUCUUCUCAUUAUUUCGGGCAUUGUUCACAACGUUAAGAACUUUAUCAAGGAACACCCAGGUGGCCAGGCUUUGGUCAGAGCUUCUCUCGGGAAGGACGCUACCAAGGCUUUCAACGGCCAUGUCUACGCCCACUCCAACGCCGCUCACAACUUGUUGGCUACCAUGAGAGUUGCCGUUAUCAAGGACACUGAGGUCAACGGCAACACAUUUGACUUGCAAGAAGAGAUGCUUGCUAAGAAGGAGACAACCUCCAUGCUUCAAAACUACAUGAGACGUGUCCCAGCAGUUAUACAAUGGGGAAUCGGUGUUGGUUUCUUCUUGGGCUGGCCCCAUGUCGUUAUUGGCUACUCCAACAGGGCCCACAAUGUUCCAAAGUUGAACGCCGCCUACCUUUAG